AUGAGAAAAACGAUCGGAAAUAGAUCCUCCCCAGACGAGUUGAACGUCGGACACCAGCUACAUACUCUCGGCGAUAAACUUAGUGCCUUUGCGAACAACCCUGCGCGACUUGAACGUGACCGGACGCGGUUUGACAAAGACGAUGUACUCUUGUCGGAUGAUUCGGGAGAUACAGUGCUUGGAGAAGCAGACAUCGCAAAAAAGCUUGGGCGGCGAAACGGAAAUCUCGCGAGAUUGAAUGCGAUGACAGCCUGGAAAAGCUCAAUCCCCGGUCGACAAUUUGAGCGUCAGACCAAAAUUGUAUUGCACGGGCUAGAAGCUUCACCUCACGAGAGUCAAGGUUGUGAGGAACUUGCCAAUGAUAUGGUCAGGGAGGAAUGGAAAGCGCAAGGAAUUUGGAACCAGAAAUGGGGCAGCAAACCGAAUCAAAUGCCAGAGGAUCGAUGGAUGCACGAGGAGGCACCUAGCUCUGCCUCUGAAUCCGAAGGAGACACUGUUCCAGCACCCAAUACCAAUAUCGCCUCUGGUUUUGAGAGCGCGGAGCAAAAGUCGGCUGGGUCAUAUCAUGGCAUUGGAUCACAAGAAGCCACCGAGAAAACGGAUAAACAGAAGCAUAAUCGCGAUUCUUCUCGUCCGUUCCACCAAUUCAUCCACCAAUUAUCCAAAGAGCGUGAACGACUCUUACGUGAAGACCCGAACGAGCCCACCAUGACCUUCGACAAUGCAGAUAUCAACAGCAUAGCCUAUGAGAUAGUCAAAAAUCACUGGAAGACCUUUGGGAUGUGGAACGAAAAGUGGGGCACAAUACCUGGGAUGAAAUGGAAACACGAACAACCUUUCGAAAUGCCUAAAAAUGCUCCGGCGCCAGAGCCGGAAAAACUUACCGAUGAUGUCCCCCGGCAGUGUGAUCCUGGCCUUGUCGGUCUGGGCCGAGACUCUGUUCCUGCUGACGCAGAACGCAUGUCUCCCGCUAACCUACGACGGUUCUCUUCUGUUGAUGAAGAAUAUACACUUCGUGCCGAAAGGGAACACAUCCUCCCAGCCAAUGCACAAUCCAAGGCCCCAAGACGUGUUCAAGGACCUCGCAAAAGGAAAUCGACCACUGAUGACAUGGAGCAAAGAGCACCAAAACGCAGGAUAACUAGGAAAUAUCGGUCGAACAUACCUAAUAAUCUGGCCGAGGAUACGAAAAACGCCAGUCUGAUGGCUGUGCACGGCCAAGAGAAUCAAAAUUCUCAUAUACGCAGGAGCAAGCGCUUAACAGAUCGAGCUUCUAGUUUGAAGUAA